GCAUUACCACUGGAUACGAGUUAAAGAUACGAGAAGAAUAAAUAGAGCAGUACCACAACUCGCUGAAGUCAGUUACCAAAUCACUGACCAACAAAUAACACUAACAUGGACUAUUUAAUCCAGAUAGCUGGGCUUUUUAUAGUAACGGUGAGCGUUGCGCUCGGACAGGACUGCUCGGCUCUGUCAGGCAGCAGCGGAAAACGCUUUAUUUUUGAUGAUAUCUACAAUGCAUGGAACAAACUUCCAAAAGAAAUUAAAGCAGUUUUACCUGUCAAUACUGAAGUUGAUGCAAAAUGCCGUUUUGAUUUAACUUCAAUAACAGACAGCCAAAGACAACUGUUGAGAUCACUGUACAACGAUGGUUACACUGUAUGCGUAGGGUGUGGUUAUACGAAUGCUGACCAUGGCCGAUGUCAUUCAAUAGACGUUUGCCGCAAAGGAUCGAGUUGUAUCCGAGCCAAGAACAGGUCUAGACAACCAGAUUACUACUGGCACGGAUGUUGUGAUCCUUCUGACGCAAACUGCAAAUCGGGAGACAAUCCUGUCCACUUUAACGUGUUCGGUCGGGAUACAACGUUACACUAUGAGAAGAAGGCAUGUACAGGUCCGCUGUGUAACGAAAACGGGUAUACGGACGAAAAGAAUGCACUAGUUACUUACCUAAAAACUGGCUUCACACCUGCACCACAAACCACAACAGCAGGUGCGGCAGCGAUAGAUGGCGCUUGGUCGACCUGGAGCUCCUGGUCAGCCUGUGACAAAACAUGCGACCUUGGGUUAAGAACUAAGACAAGGUCAUGUACUUCGCCAAUUCCACAAAAUGGCGGACAGUAUUGCCCAGGGAAUGACAAGGAAUCGGAAUUCUGCAAUGCUUUUGCUUGUUAACAUAACAUUGAAAUGUAUCUAUUUAUUAUUUAUUUAUUCAUCGUGAAGUUAAUGUUUUGCCAGCUUUUUAAUAAAUAUGUGAUAUUUCA